AUGGAGAAGAGCAAGCAAGAGGAGGAGUACCCGGCCGCUCGGCUUUCAGUGCUGCGGCUGCUAGAGCUGCGAGAGGGACAGAAGGCUUUUGAAAGGAAUGUGCGCUUGUGGGAGUUCGAGACGGAUAUCCCUCGCAUCAAGAGAGGGGUGAAGCUCAUGAGGGCCAUGCAAGGCCUUGCAGCACUAGCCAUGGAAGAACUCAGUUUUGAUGACAUUGCAUGUGAAGAUGGGGUUCGCAAUGUGCUGAACAAGCUGAAGGAGUUCUUCAUGCCGCAGUUGGAGGUGAGCCUGCCGAGGGCCUUUGAGGCGGCGGUGUACGGUGCUCCUCGAACGUCCAAAGAAGGGCUCUCAGAAUACAUAGGCAGAAUGGAGAGGGCGUUCAACCGGUUGAGUCGUGAAGGUGUAGAUCUACCUGAAGGAACCCAAGGAUACAUUUUGUAUCGUCAAGCUUCACUGCAGGAUCACCAGGAGCAAAGGCUGUUGACAUGGUGCGAUGGGAAGUAUGACAAGAAGAUCAUCGUGAAGAGCUUGAGAAAGCUCGUCAAGGUCAUCAAGGAUAAAGGAAAGGGGCACUACAUGACUGAGGAGUCCGUCGGCACGAAGGAAGGAGAAGAUAGCAAUGAGACGGACGAUGGAGAGUACAUCUACCUUGAGGACGGCGACCUUGACGAGAUCUACGAGGAGAACGAUGUGCAGAUGGCAUUGGCAUCAUAA